CAGGCAAGCAGAAAACCAUGUCCAAACCUGCUCACCUGGUCUGUCACUGACACAUUCCUCCUUCACUAUUACACCUAAAACAACAGUCACUUGAGUCAUUCUCCUCUUCCCAAGUGUGGAUCUGUGUUUACUUUUGUAGAUUAAUAUGGCCCUUGUGUUGUAUUACUCCAGUGUCAGUGGAAAUACAGAGAUGAAGAAAAGACAAGAAAAGAUGAUCAUGGUCCUUACCGCUAAAAAAAUUGAUUUUAGGGCUGUGGAUAUUUCUCAGAAUUCUGACGAUAAAGACUUAAUGAGAAAGCUUGUGGGCGAUCCCAAAGCUCUACCACCUCAAAUCUGCAGAGGUGACUCCUACUGUGGGGACUUCACAGCAUUUGAAAAUGCAAUAGAAGAAGAACGUCUGGAAGCCUUUCUUAAAAUGUGAAAUUCAUUGUACUUUGUUUUCCAAAGACAACAGUUACUGACACAUGGUGUUUUGGAGCAUCUUGGGCAUAUGAAUGCACAACACACCAAAAAUAAAAUCUUAUUAUGUAGGCUAA